AUGGCUAAUAGUACGGAGCUGAACAGGCGUUCCCCAAGUGCCCGCUCAGCUGCUCCCCUCCAGUAUCCGACUUUCCCGCCAGUAUCAGCCUCCGUUCAAGAGUGGCUUUCGCACUCUCGCCCAGCAGCCACCAUGUCGCACGAUCGACCUACAACUCCAGCUACCAGAUCCCUCGGCGAUAGCUGGGCAGACCUCAGCGUAUCAGAUAUACACUCUGAAGAUGGGAGCCGCUCGGAGCAUACUGAUGCGGAAUCCUUGAUCGACCAGACCACGCCCGACGAUGUAGCGAGCCUGGAUGAGCGAUACAGCAGCAGCGAGAUCGACGGUCCAGAUGAUGAGUCGGCCAGAGGAGACACCGAGGAGGAGGGGGAAGAAGAAAAGAGGCAGGAAGAUGUCGAUGGCGAGUUUCAGCGCUUGACAGCCUUCGACGAGUCGCCACUGCGUUUGACCGAAGACGACGACCACACAAUCGACGACAGCAGCUUGACCACCCGUCCAACGUGCCGCCAGUCCAUCGAUUCGAUAGAGUUUGUGGAGCCUGAAAAAUGGCCUGAGAUGGAGCGAGUCGAGCUUAAACAUACAAUCCACGUGCUCAGUGAAGCUGAAGCAACUCAGCUGAAACCUACGCUGCCACAGAAUAAAAUCAAGGAUGCACUUCUCGUGACCACCGUCCAGCAGACUAUGACCAAGGGAAGCUUGGACCUGGACAGGCCAUACCGUGUGCUGUACACGGGCCAGCCAGAUUCCCGGAACAUCAUUCUGGACAAGAUAGGCGAUGUCCUGGUGUCCAGCUCGACGGCAGAUUCGCCAGCAAGUUCUGCCAAUUCCUCUCGAUACCAUGUGGUGCCUACCUCGUUUGGGGCUGGAGCUGUGCCAAAUCUCGCAGAACUGCUUCCUAUCCACGUGCAGCUAGUCGUGGAUGAGUGCAAAGAAGCAAGUGCUGAACCUCAUGAAGCUUGCCUGGAAACUUUACACCUGGACUUUAAGAAUCGCCCGCCAUGUCGCUCAUACUGGGAUGGCUCGUGGUACCGAAUCACUUCUGCGUCAGAAUGGACCCUUCCUGACAUGGCCAUUAUAUUCGUCUCUGAUAGGGACAGUCAGGCUCUCGUGCAGACACAGCGCUGCGUUCAAACUUUCCUGGAGAGACACGAGAUCCCUGUGAUGGUCAUUUCGGAGGAACCGCUCUGGAAGCGAGCGACCGAACACAUCCAAGUCAACCAGAACAGCCUCCACAUGUGUCUUGAGUCUCGACACCCGCAGACAGGCGAGACCGCUGUAUUGCGUCGAUAUCCCAUCGAUUUGAAGACAUUUGAAAGUAUCACGCCAGGUCAGCUCAACCGUAACCUGGCUUCACUCAUGGAUCUUUACCCCAAGCACAUUCGCAAGAUCGCCGCGGCCGGUCCUCAGGCCGCGGAAAUGUGCUCUUCCACCGAUCCUCAGAACUAUCCUCGUAACCAAAGACGCCCAUUGUUUGGAAGCAAGGCUUGUGGGCCGGGUCCCACUCUUAGUAUGAUCGUCUUAACGCUUAUAUCCGCCGUCGCAAUUUCUUUUGGAUAUGCAGCGGUGAGUACAACAAUUCUCGGUGUCUCGCAAUGGAUGUCCAAGGGAGAAGUAUUCGACAGCGCCUCUGCGCCCGAAACGCUUCUACCAUCUUCUUCCGCAAUCGUACCCACGGUGGCCCCGACAUCACUUUCCCUUUGGGGCGCCGGUCAGCCUUACCAUUCCUCAAGCCAAUCCUCCGCAAUUGUCAGUCAAGAUGCCAGCUCCAUAAAUGUCUACCGAGAUCCGCCUCAAACAGCAGACUUGUUUGAAAUUCGAGUCGUUGGAGAUUGCCACGUAGUGAUCAAACCCCAUCGAAGCAUUCUCGCCUCCCGAAAGCCUCCACUCUUCGAUGUGAGUGUCCGACGACAUGACGAAACCUUGCAUCAUGAGAUCUCAAAGCUCUUCGACGGGGUAUACACACUGCGACUGGACCGAGAAGACGCAUAUGGCCUGGUGACCAUCACUGUUUGUACUAGGUCCAAACCCCUCCGCAAACAGGUGGCCACAGUUGAUUUUGGCACACCAUGGUUGAAGAUUGCAAGCUGGAGGUGGGCGGCGCAGAAGAUCUCGUCGGAAUUGACGAAAGAUUUGCAGAUCGCCCAGAACAGUUUGGCCGAAGUAUACAGCCGAGUCUCUACUGAUGUGCAGGUCAGGGUGGGCGAUCUGGUCAAGCGAUCUCAUUUCCUCCACCAGAACACCCUGCGAGAUCAGAGUCUAGUGGCUCAUCAAGCUGUGCUCGCGCGUUCCAAAGAAAUAUCACAGGUCAUUUCUCGAAGCGCAGUUGAACAAUUUCGCGCCGUGUCUUCUCUGGUGCAUAGGCGCUCUGUUCAUCUGAAUCAGGAAGCCAAGGGCCUCAUCAGUGGUGCAUGGAACCGAUUAGAAAAGACAGUCGACCGCGUUGAUCUAUCCUCGAUGAUUGAUCGCGUACGAAGUGCGCCAAGCGGUACGCUGGACCGGGCUCAAGCGCGAGCACGCCGCAUUGUGGGCCGUCGGGAGCGUGAUGAUUAA